AUGGCCUCCACCCCUGAUCACCGGUCUCCUUUCAUGAAUUGGCCUAAUGAUGCAGGCUUCGAGGCCACUGCCGAGUGUCGCGAGCCUGUUGAAUUACCGGUCACUGGCUCAAUCCCCUGGCAGGUCGCGGGAACACUCUACCGAGUAGGCCCCGGAACAUACAAAGUGGCAGGGAGCAAGUUUCAGCUCAGCCAUUGGUUUGAUGGCUUCACUCAUCUUCAUCGCUUUCAACUGGUGACGCAGCCUACUGGUACCUGCAGGGUGUUGUAUAGCUCGCGACGGCAAGUUGAUAGAUUGGUCGAAGAAGCACGCAAGUCGGGGACUCUCGAGGGCAUCACCUUUGGCCAGAAACGAGAUCCAUGUGCGAGUAUUUUCCAGAAGGUCAAAAGCUUCUUUCGUCCGUCGUUUAAUACUAAAGACCCGGAGCUCGCCAAUGUCGGGGUCACCGUCCAUGCGAAUAUACCUGGAGGAACUCCUCAUCCUAAGAGCUCCGAUCCAUUGGCAGGGGAGCGGCAAUUCCGCAGUCUGACCACUCUGACAGAUGCCAACAUACUCAAACAUGUCGACCCCGAGACACUGGAGCCCAUAGGGGUCACUCGCCAGGACGUUCUGCACCCCAAGUUGCGAGGUCCCCUUUCAUGUGCUCAUGCCGCCAUCGACCCUACAACUGGGGAUUUGUUCAACUAUAACCUCGAUCUGGGUAGAUACGCAACAUACAGAGUUUUCCGAACGUCGGCUGCCACCGGCAAGACGGACAUCCUUGCAACUAUCUCGGGGCCAUCCGUCAAACCGGCUUACCUCCACUCCUUCUUUCUCAGCGCCGACUAUGUGAUUCUGUGCAUCUGGCCGUGUAUCUUUGCGGCAGCGGGAGUUAAAAUCCUGUGGGAGAGAAACAUGGUGGAUGCUAUGCGAUUCGACUCCAACAUUCAGACGCGCUGGUAUGUCGUGGACCGAAAACAAAACAAAGGGGUAGUGGCCGCGUUUUUGAGUCAAGCCUUUUUCAGCUUCCAUACUAUCAAUGCAUGGCAGACCGACAACGACGACGGGACGGUGGAUAUCAUGUGUGAUAUCAUUCAAUAUCCGACGGACGAGAUGAUACGGCGAGGAUACUAUGAAUCCAUGGUUUCCACCGGUAGUGCCGUGGAGAAAUACUUUGGCAGUGAAGCAUCGCGUCCCAGUUUGGUCCGCUAUCGCCUGCCCAACGUGCCCAAGGACUCCCGGGUCGAGUUACCUACCAGCGAUACAAAUAUACCCGAAGCAGAGAUACUGCUGAAAAUUGAUGGCGAAGGUAUUGGAGACCUGCCCACAAUCAACCCCUCUUUUGCCAGCAAGAAGGCGCGGUAUGUGUACAACGUCGUCAACCAGGGAAAGGUGAGCUACUCUAUUGCUUGA